AUGUUAGUCAUGCCGCGAAUAUGGCGCUGCUUUAACGCUUCUAGGAUAUCUGGGCUGAUGCUUCGCAUUUGCUUUCAAUAUGGCGCGGCUUUUGGAGUUAUAACCUUUCGAAUCGAAAGAAAGGAUUCGCGCCUGGUGGCCAGAAGUCGACGGGGAUUUCGGUGGAUCUGUGUGGGAUUUCGACUUCUGGCCUGUUGUUUUUACGUCUAUAGCUAUGACUCAUGGGCUGGCCAAUUCGCCGAUUGGUAUCUUCGAGCUUUCUACAUUCUUCGAUUGUUGGGAUGUGUGAUCUGCAGUGCCAUUAUCCUAGUGCUGCAGUUAUGGUUUGGCAAUGAGCUACUUCUCUUGAUCAACCGAUUUCUAGAGCUCUUUCGGCGUCUAAGUGUUUUAACAAAUUCUCAAAAAAAUGGUUUCGGUGGCAGUCAUGAGUUGGCUUUGAUGUCCUUCAAAGUGAUCUCCCUACUUUUUGUAUUCUUUGCCUUCCGUUUAAUGUUGUCACCCUGGAUACUGCUCACUAUGCUGUGCGAUUUCUACACCUCCGUUAGCACUGGAAUGAUUAUGCAUCUGUGUUUUAUUGGCUACCUCAGCAUUGGAAUCCUUUACAAGGACCUAAACAACUAUGUGGACUGUCAAUUGAAAGCUCAACUUACUUCUCUGGAAGAAGACGAUUCUCAGCCAACACUAAAAGCCAUAUCGAAUUUGGAUAAGUGCUUGUAUCUUUAUGAGGAGAUCCACCAGGUGUCUCGGAAAUUCCAGCGGCUUUUCGAUCUGCCACUUUUUCUCACCUUGGCCCAAAGCCUAUCUGCCAUGGCCAUGAUUUCUUACCAUGCCAUUCUGCGGCAGCAGUACAUUUUCAAUUUCUGGGGUUUGGUUAUCAAACUGCUCAUGGAUGUGGUGCUGCUCACAAUGUCUGUUCAUUCAGCUGUUAGUGGUUCCCGAUUGGUGAAACGACUGAGUCUGGAGAACUACUAUGUGACUGAGAGCAAGAAUCACCAUCGAAAGUUGGAGCUCUUCCUGGGCCGCCUCCACCGCCAGGAACUGCGGGUGUGUCCUUUGGACCUCUUCGAGGUCUCCAACGAGCUGACCCUGUUCUUUCUCUCGGCAAUGGUCACCUAUCUGACCUUUCUGGUACAGUACGGCUUGCAGUCGCAGCAAAUUUGAUUCAGCGUCACGCAUUACUUGCGGCAUUACACCCUCCUCCCAAAUGCGAACACCUGUAUUAACUGCCCACCUGUCCUGCGGUUGCACGCAAAUAAAACAAUGAAUAAAGAACGGAAUUUAUGGAAAAAAAAAAAAAACCCAAGCAAGCUCAAAUCGGCAGUUGCAGGACC